CUUCUUUACUUUGAAGGUCGGUUAGUGUUCUAUGAUUUGUGACCGUUAUUCAAAUUCUGACAGUACUUCCGUCUGCUGUCAUAAACGGUUUUUAAUUUCAAAUUUAAAGGUUAAUCAUAAUCCUUCCUCCAUGGGUUAAUCGUUCACCGUCCUCCAUGGUUCACCGUUUCUGAUUCUGACUGCUUUUAAGAAUAAGAUUGAAAGUACAUAGUAAGUACAUUUUUGUUGUAUUAUGUUUUCCGCUACAAAGUUUACUCCAACCCCGAGGAAAAUAAGAAGAGAAAAGACAGUGGUAUCUUCUUCCAGUUCUGAUAUAGAUAAGGAUCCUGUAUACGUGUUUUGCCGUUUACGUCCUCUCCAAGAAAAUGUUGAUUCUCAUUCAUGUAUGACACUUUUAUCUCCCCAAGAAAUAUGUAUUUCUAAUGAAUCUAAAGGAAUAAGAAGAGAUGUGUUUUACAAAUUUAAACAUAUCUUUACAGCUUAUGCAUCUCAAACGGAAAUAUUUGAUCAUAUUGGAUACCCGCUUUUAACAGAUUUGUUGAAAGGAAAAAACGGUUUGUUAUUUGCAUAUGGGGUAACAGGUUCAGGAAAAACGUAUACAUUGACAGGGGAUCAUAAUAAUCCAGGAUUAAUACCUAUGUGCAUUGAUACUCUUUUUAACUCUAUUGGCGACUUACAAACUCCAAAAUUUAUUAUAAAAUCUGAUAGGAUGAACGGAUUUGAAAUUCAAACAGAAGAAGAUGCCUCUAUGGAUAGAUUAGCUGAAAAUAGAUCAAAAAACAUGGGAAAUGUAAAAAAACUAAACAGAGAAAAAUUCUUUAUUAAUAACGGUAAAAUGAUCCCAGUGUUUAACGAAAAUAAUGCAUUUGCUGUGUUUAUUUCGUAUAUCGAGAUAUACAAUAACAAUGUAUAUGAUUUACUAGAUGAGUCUAAUAAUGGGAAAACUUUACAAAACAAAAUAUUAAGAGAAGACCCCAAUUGUAACAUGUAUGUUAAUGGUGUAGUGGAAGUAGAAGUUAAGACAGCGCAAGAAGCCUUUGAAUUAUUUAUUAUCGGCCAGAAAAGAAAGAAAAUGGCAUAUACUAGUCUGAAUUCUGAAUCGAGUCGCAGUCAUUCCGUAUUCAAUAUAAGGAUUGCUCAGUUGGAAAAGUUGCCAGUUAAUGCUGAUGGAAAACCAAUUAUCCCAGAGAAGAAUCUUUUAACUGUUUCCCAAUUAAGGGUUGUGGAUUUGGCUGGGUCUGAGAGGAGUAGUCGUACUCAAAAUACCGGUGCAAGAUUAAGAGAAGCUAGUGCCAUAAAUAAUUCACUAAUGAAUCUACGAACCUGUCUGGAAGUACUGAGAGAAAACCAAAGGACAAAAACGAACAAAGUCGUGCCUUAUCGUGACAGUAGACUUACAUAUUUAUUUAAAAAUUACUUCGAAGGAGAUGGCAGCGUACAAAUGAUUGUAUGUGUAAAUCCAUCAGUUAAUGAUUUGGAAGAGAACCUGCAUGUAAUGAAAUUUGCCGAAAUGACCCAAGGUGUAAAAGUUUUGAAAUCCGAACCUAGGUGUAUACCUAUCAGUACCUCAAAGAAAGUAAUAUCGAAAAGAAAUGGCACACCAGCUAAAAUUAAUAAGAAGACUUUGUUUUCUCUAACACCUGAAAUUCCCAUGUUUAAAUUUGACUUUAAUCAAAGAGAUGAAUGUAAAUCAAGUAUCGACAACUUACUGGGUGUUUUAAAACAUUUAAAAUCAGAAAGUAGUACAUCCGAACUUGAUAAAAUAAAUAAAGAGUUAAGAAAACGUCUUGUAGAUAUAGAUAACCAUAGAGUAUUAGAUAAAGCCGAAAAUCGCAAUCUCAAACAACUACUGCAAAGAGAGCAAACUAAAAAUGCUAAUUUUGAAACCAAAAUUAACCAGAUAGAAACAAAAUACGGCAAUUUAUCUGAGAAAUACAAAGAAUCCCAAGAAAUUAUUCGAUCUUUACAUAACACCGUAAACGAAAAAGACUUAAAGUUGAAUCAACAUUUGUUAGAAAAGGAACAUAUCAAACAGAAACAUGCUUUGGCUAAUGAAAAAAAGGACCAAGAACUACAAGAUAAAUUGAAAAAACAACGCGGACAUUUCACUGCAGAAAUUUUUGCAAAAGAAAUUAAGUUGAAAAAAGCUCGAGAAGCGUUGGAUUCCGAAGUAAUUGUUAACCCAGAGAAUAUUCGAGAAAGUGAGAAUAUACCGCCGUUGUCGACGCCUAAAAAACCGUCUUCAUCUGAUUGUUAUAAAAGAAAUGGAGGAUAUACACCUAGGAGGCGAUCUAAAUCUUGUGAUGAGGUAUGGCUGGAGCAUAAUUCAAUCAAACCUGUUCCCCUUGGAACCGUCCUACAACCUUCUAUGAAAAAAAGAAAAUCUGUGACGAAACUAACAAAAGCUUCAGAUGUAACCAACCCGAAACAAUCUAAAUACUGUCUUUUAGCUCAAGAACAGGACACAGAUGGAGAAAUUGAAACUAAACUUUACAAAGGAGAUAUUUUACCUACUACAGGUGGUGGAGCACAAGUAAUAUUUAAUGAUGUGGAACGAUUGAGGCAACAAUCGCCAACAUCGAAUGGAAAAUAAUCACAAUUUGUAUUGAUUUUAUUUGUUUUUAUCGUACCUAUGUAAUAGAUCAGAGCUGGGAGGAAUCCUCAAUACGAAUCACUGUCAGUAUCAUACUAUGGUAUUAUGAAUGCUUCCGAAUCUAAUAUCAAUAUCAACUAUGUGUAUAUUACAGAUUAUGACUUGCAAACAAAUCGUCGUUGUUUUGGCUAUUGGUCUCGUAUCUCAAAUUUACGAUAAUAUCCAGGAAGACCUUAAUAAGAUUUUUCGGUGGAAUGAAAUGCUUUAUUACUGAUACAUUUUAAUGUAAGUUGGUUUGUUUCCUUUGAUUUUCUGUUGUACUUUGAUCAUUUUGGGAGCUAUGUACAUUGCAGUUUAUUUUGUUUGAUGUUAAAGAUAUUUUUUUGCAAGUUUGUGGCGUUAGGACCAAUAACUAUACAAAAAUAUGCCAUAUUAUUAAUUACAACUCAA